AUGAAGGCAAUAAAUUAUGACUAAACUAUUCUGACCGUGUCUUGCUUUAGAAAACACAUGUUUUUAGAUACAAAAUACUUUGCUUAAGUACUACCUAAUUAGUUAAUUCUCUCUAGUGUAUAUUAACAAUUUUAUUUAUAUUAGGCCCCUCGACAAUCUAAUCCAAAAUAUAUUUUGGAGUUUAGUUUAGAGAAACAAAUUCAUUGGGUAAUAAAAACUAAAACUUCAAUUUUGGAAUAAUUUGGGUUUUCCUAUUAAGGGAAAAUAAAAUAUUUUUAUGGCCAAUCUAUAGAGUUAUACAAAUUAAAGGAUUGUGUAUAAGGAUAUAUAAUGUAUAAAGAAAUAAGCGAUUUUUAUCAGCCAUUAAGUUUAUUGGGUAAAGGAGGAUCUGCAAAAGUAUAUAUUAAUGUAAUAAAGGUUUAUAUGGUCACUAAAAAAGGCUGUAAUUAGAAAUAUGCAUCAAAAUGUGUAGAUAAGAGAUAUUUAUAAGAAGAUGGAGGAUAUGUAAUAAAAUCUUAGUAAUUUAGGAUGCAUUGUUUAAUGAAAUAAGAAUCAUGUAAAAACUAAAACAUGAUAACAUUAUUUAAUUGGUUGAUUUGUAUGAAGGAGAAUCUACAUUUUAUUUAAUUUUAGAAUAUUUAGCAGGUGAAAGUUUACAUGAAAUGUUUAAUAGACGACAAACUAUUUUAGAACAUAAUUAGAUUUAGAUGAUUAUGAAAGUAAAACUUACAUUUAUAAAAGUUAUUAUUAUAAGCUGUAUCCAAUAUGCAUUUAAAUGGUAUUAUGCAUAGAGAUUUGAAACCAGAAAAUAUUAUGUUUAAAUAACUUAAUUAGUUUGAUACUUUAAAAAUUGUAGAUUUUGGUCUAGCAACAUUUUCAAAUGCUGAAGAAUAUCCUUUUCCAAAAUGUGGAACUCCAGGAUAUGUAGCACCAGAAGUGGCCAAUUUAAGAGAUUUAAAAUAAAAGUAUGAUAUGAUCUGUGAUGAAUUCAGUGUUGGAUGCAUAUUUUAUAAAUUGUAUUUAUAUUAUUUAUAUAUAUAUAGAUGUACUAACAAAGAAUUGUUUCCUGGUACUGAAUAUAAAGAAAUAUUAAAAUUAAAUAAAAAAUGCCAUUUAAAUUUAGAUUCACUUGCUAUAUACAAAACUCCUCCAGAAGCUUGCGACCUAAUUUAAAAAUUAUUAAUAAUAAAUCCUAAAGAUAGAAUGAAUGCUUAAGAUGCUCUUAAUCAUCCUUAUUUUUAAUAGAAGUUCGAAACUAAAAAAUAAAAAUUUUAAUCUUCUAAUUUAAAUAAAUAAAAUCCAGUAUUUUAAACAUAAAACUUUUAACCAAUCUCUAAAUUAACUAAUAUUGAAGAUGAUGAAGUUGAAGAUGAAAAUUGUAAUUAAUUAUAAGUUCCUGUAAUGAAUGAUUUAAAAUCUUUUGGUCUCAUUGCUAAUUCUAAUUUUGAAAAAAAUAAAUCUCAAAUCAAUUAAAAUGGUCGAAGAAACUUUAAAAAAUGUUAAACGUAAGAAUUUGAAUAACAUCAAAAUACCCUAAAAUAUUAAAUCAAUAAUUCUAAACCAUCUUUCAUUCUUAAGAGUGAUUUAAAUGAAUAAUAAUAAUUACCAAAAUAACAUUAGCAAAAACAUAAUACUUUAAUUAACAAUUUUCCAAAAAUAGGAGGCCAAUAAGAAAUGUCUAAGAUUGAUGAAGAUUUUGAAGAAAAUGGUUAUUAAAUAUGAAAAUUUAUAUUUCCCCAUUUAUUAUUCAUAUUAAUUAUAAAAUGCAAUAACUUUUUUUUACCCAGCCAUUGAAUAUAGCGUCAAAAAAAACAAUUUUUAAUGAAGAAAGGUAGAUAAUUGAAAUUGAAGCUAAAGAUGAAUAAGAUGAUAAAAAAGAUGAACAUACUUUAUUAAUAAGCUAAAAAAAAUAUUAAGUUAAAAAGUAAUUAAGACAGCUCUUAAAUAAUAAAUAAAAUAUGUAUUAUAUACAACAUUUCAAUUAGCUACUUGAAAGAAAACUUAGCUAGUCUUAAAAAGCGUAAGAUAUUAGAAGGUUUUUCAGGUGAAACACCAGCUCUAGUUUAAUAAUGCUUUUCUUUUUUUAGCUAAGCUUUAUAAAACGCUAGAAGUCUUAGGUUUUUUUAAAUUUUAUAUAUAUUAGAUCUUUAGAUAUUUCAGGUAUGGAUAUUCACCCACUUUUGGCAAUAGAAAUUGGAUAGGGUUUAUAACAUAAUGCAUCAUUGAGAGAAAUUAAUAUUUCUGGAUGUAAAAUGAAUAGCUUUUGCUUAUAAUACAUUUUUUCUUCCAUAACUAAUCAUAAAACUCUGUAGUCAAUAAAUUUAUACAAUAAUUAAGGAUUUACAAUAGACUUAAUGAAUGAUAUUAGUUAAUUUGUUUUUAAAGGUAAAAAUCAUCUUAAGAAACUUAAACUUACUCAUUGUAAUAUAUCAAAUACUGCUAUGAGUUAUUUAUUAAGAAAUUUAAAGUAAAAAUUCUUUAUUUUUGUUUUAGAUAUUCUGAAACUAUUAAUUCUUUGGACUUAUCCAUGAUGUAAUUUAAUACCGAAGUGUUAACUAGUUUAGGGAUUGCCUUAUAACAUUAUAAAGGAGAUAAAGUUCUUGAAUAUUUAAAUGUUUCAGAUACUAAUAUUAAAAAUGAUGGAUUAGAUACUUUAGCUUAAAGAGUGAGUUGGAAUAUGAGAAAAAUUAAUUUAAAAGAACUUGUAUUAAGAAGAAACUUUAUUAAUUAAGUAGGUAUACCAUCUUUGGAGGCAUUUUUAAGAAAAAUAUCAUAACUUUAGAAAUUAGAUCUCUCAAAUAAUAAAAUAGAGGAAUUUACUUGCUAAGAUUUACUUUAAAGAAAAAUGUAUGAAAUUAAUCUAAGUAAUAAUGUAAUAAUGUGUUUUCCACCUUAAUUUUUUAUUAAUACACUUGUAGUUAAUUUAUCUAAUAAUAAUAUAUCAAGUUAAGGAGCUUUUUAAUUAUCAACUAUUCUAAGAUAAAAUCCUUUAUGGGUUGAAUUGAAUUUGUCAAACAAUUAGUUAAAAAGUGAAGGAUUUAAUUCAUUAAUAUUUGGAUUAAGAGAUAAUAGAAUGUUAAAAAAGUUAAUAGUUGCAAAAAAUUAAUUAGAUGGAGAAGCUAUUAUCUGUUAUAUGAUUAAUCAUGAAUAAGUAUAUUUUGAACAUUUAGAUAUAUCUUUUAAUUAAAUUAGGUAUGCAAUUAUAUUUGUACUUUUAAAAUUUAUAAAGAGUGGAUGUUUAAGAUGUUUAAGAUGCUCCUACUUAGAGAAAGAAGAAGAGAUAAGAAAAGUAGAUUAAAAUGUUGACCAAAAUGCAAAGUUCAUAAAAUAAGAUGAGCAUUAACAAAAAUCAAAUAAUGCUGCAUUUCAAUUAACAUCAUUUAAUUUAAGAGAAUUAGAUUUUCAUGGAAAUAAAGAAAUUUUUACUCCAGUAGUAGUAUCUUUAUCUACUUAUUAUAAUAAAAUUGAGAAAUUAGAUUUAUCUUCAUGUGCUCCUAUUACUGAUUAAGAUAUUGAAUUAUUGUGUUUAUUUUUAAGAAAAUCUACUAUAAUUCAUGAUUUAAAUUUAAGAGACUUGAAUUUAGGAACAAUGAAAAAAGAUAUCAUAAAAAAAUUAAGUGAAGCCUUAUUUAAUAGUAGUAUUAAAUACUUAAAUUUAAGCAAAAAUAGAAUGUAUAAGUAAAUUAAAAGAUUAUUUAAUUCAAAUAAUUUAGGAUCAAAUUAUAAAUUAGAAGUUUUAGAUUUAAGUUACAAUUACUUGGAAGCUAAACAUGCUCCAUAUAUUGAAAAUAUGAUGACGUCUUUGAAAAAUUUGUAAGAGGUAAAUUUUUCUAGAAAUUGCAUUAAUUUUGAGGGAUUAGCUGCAAUAAAUAGAUCAUUAUUUGCAAAUCGAACUUUAAAAAGAUUGAAGUACAUUAAAUUAUUUAUUUAGUUUGUCUUAUUAGAAAUUAAGUGCAGAUGAUUUAUUAAUAUUAAGUUAAACAUUGGGAAAUGAAAGCCUUUAGGAAUUAAAUUUAGCUAAUAAUCCUUAUACUACAAAACUUAAAACAUUCUUUUAUUAAUGUUCUACAUAAAAAUAAGAAUUUUUACAUCUAUCCUAAGUUUAUUUUGAUAACGCAAAUUAUCAUAGUUUAAUGAAAAUUAUAGACAACUAAAAGAGAAAUUUGUUUGGUGUUAAUUUGGAUUCUUGUAUAUUUUAAAAAAAAGAUUUUUGUAAAUUUUUUGAAAAUCUCUCAAAAAGCAGAAAGCUGACAUAUUUUGCAAUUAAUUAUAAUCCAACAAUAUAUAAAGAUUUAGAAGGUAGUAUUGAUUUUAUUUCUAAAUUAAAAAAUUUAAGGAUUUUAAAAUUAAAUUAAGUUUCUUUAGCUGAAGGCUUUGUUAAUGCACUUUAAGAUUGGUUUUCAAAAGCUGAAUGUUGCAAUGUAAAUUAUGUAUUAAUUUUAAGUUAAGUACCUUAGAUAUGAGUUAAAAUAAAUUAUAAUAAUUAUGGUUAGAUAGUAUAUGUUUAGGAAUAAGUAACAAUUCAUCUUUAAGGAAUUUUAUGUUAAAUGAUUGUAAUUUAGGAUUUUUAAAUCUUACACCAUUAGGAAUAGCAGUAUCUUAAAAUAAAACAUUAGAAGUCUUAGAAAUAGCAAAAAACUAGAUUAAGAAUAAUUUAGAUAACUUUUUAACAUCAGCUUUAUAGAAUGCUUCAACUUGCAGACUUGAGGAAUUAAAUUUAGCAGAAAAUCCUUUGGAUAAGCAGUCAAUCUUAGAUUUAUUUAUUCCAAGAAUAUUAAAUAAUAUUAAUGGUAAAAAUAUUAAAUUACGAUAUUUAAAUUUGUCAAAUUGUCAUUUAGAAAUAGAUUUAUUCAAAGAAAUAUUGUAAGGUUAAUAGCUAUAUCAAGAUAAUUAUUCUUUUUAACAUAUACUUAGUUUAAGUUUGAGUAAUAAUUAAUUAAAUGAUAAUGUUGGAUAAUAAUUAAAAUAAAUCAUUCAAAGUUCAACUAAAAUGAAGGAAUUAUAUUUAUAAAAUAAUUUAUUUACAAGCAAUGGAAUGAUUUUAAUUUUUGAAGGAAUGUUUGCUAAUCAAACUAUUAGAACAAUAAAUAUUAGCAAUAAUAAACUAAAUGAUAUUUGGGUUUUAAAAUUACAUGAUUAAAUUUAAAAUAAAGAAUUAAGUAAUUUAGAGUUUAUCAUGCUGAGAGAUAACAAUUUUACAAGAAUAGGAUUAAAAAAAUUAGCUUAAAUAAUAAAUAAAAUAACAAAUCUUUUUAUUGAUAAUAUUUGGUCAGAAUUAGAUGAUACUGAUGCUGCUAUAAUUUUAUAAUAAUAUACUAGGAUAGGCCAGACCUAUAAACUUGAAUAAUCAGCUAUUCCUUAAUUUUUAAAAGAAAUUUAAAUCUAACGAUCAAAUCUAACAGAUAAAUUUUGUGAAAUACUAGGAAAAUACUAUCCAAUGUUGGGAUUUAUUGAGUUUAUUGAUAUAUCAGAUAAUCCUUUUAUUACAAUGUAUGGUAAAGUUUAUUUAUUUUUUCAUUUAUUUGAUACAAGUUAUGAAAGACAUCAAUUAAAAGCUAUGUAUAUAACAGAUUCUUAAGAAACAAGAAAAUUAUUUGAUGAUGGUUUAUUAAGAUAUCUUACACUUAGAUUUAGAAAUUUUUUGUAUCCUCCUACAGAAAUAAAUGUAAUGAAAAAGUAAAACAGUAAAGCUGAAGUAUUUGGUGUUCCAAAUAAUUAACUUGAUUCUUAAAUGGGUGUUUAGUAAAUUAUUGGAGGAAUGUGUGGAUCUUGGUUAAUUCAUAAAAUUAAUAAACUCAUGGCUUAUUUGGAUCAAAUUGAACCUCCAUAAUUUAUUGUUAGUACUUUAUUUAUUGGAAAAUUUAGAAGAAAUAAUAUUAAUAUUAAAAUAAUUGUGAUGUUUUUUUGGAUUGCUUUUCUUGCAAUAAAUUUAUUAUAAUUUUUAAAAAUACUUAGUAGUUAAUAAAAACCUUUAGAUAAAAUAUUGAUUGAUUUUGAUUAAGUUUGUCCAGAAAGUGUUAGCGAUUAAACAGAUGAUUGCAAUAAAUUUGGGUAUUCAAACUUUAUUAGUGAUGUUUAUUAUUUCAUUAUUGUUUUUGCAUCCACCAUUGUAAUAGAAAUAUCACAAAUUAUUGUUACAGUAACACUAAGAAGAAAAAUUUAGCCUGCAUUUUAAAUUGUGCAUCCAUCUUUAUUAAAAUAUUUACAUUCAUAAUUUCCACACCAAAAAGAACUUUUUUUGAUGUUUUUUUCAAUUCUAAGUAAGAUAGGUACAUUUCCUGAAAGAAUAUUUUUAUCUUAUUUGUUAGUUUUAACAGAUGAAGGAUUAGGUUAUGAACCUAUUUACUUUAAACUUUUAAUUUAUAAAUUUAUUCUUGGAAUUAUCAUUCUCAUGAGAUAUGGAGAAACUUUGAUAAUUUCAAUAAUCAAUUUAAUAAAAUUUAUGCUUGCUACUCCUAGAAAAGAUUAAGCAUUUUAUUUAUCUUUACUAUAAAGAAAUUUUCAUUAUUAAAGUUAUUAUGUUUUAAGUGAUAUAUUAGUUUCCUUAUGUCCAGUGUAAGGAUAUUAAUUAACUAAAGCAAUUAAAAUCAAUUAUGAAAUAAUCGUAGAAACAUAUAGAAUUUUAACUAUAGAAUUAUUUUUAAUAAUAUUUAUUAGUUUUUUUUCCAGAGAAUACAAUAAUAUAAAACAAUUAAAAUUUGAUAAUACGGACCCUUAUUGGUUUUUAAGUGGAUGGAUUAUUUUGACAUUAAUCAAAGCUAUUGUGACAAUAAUUAGUUCAUUAUUUACAAUUUUAACUGUAAGACCAGCUGUUGUUAAAUAACAUGGUUUUAAUUAAGCUUUGGCCAUUAAAAAAUUUUAUGAAAAUAAAAGUGAAUUCGUUAGACCUUCUAAUAUAAAGAUUGAAUAUCAUUUAUAAUGUUUCGUUGAAAGAGAAAAAGAAAAAUAAACAGAAAAAAUAGGAACAUAAUAUGUUCUUGAAAAUAACUCCAAUUUAUAAAAUAAUUAGAACUUGGAAAGUGAGAUUAAAUUUGAGAUGUAGAAAAGCAAAAUGGAUGAAAUAUAAGAAGACGUAAAAUUAGAAGCCAUUGACGAAGAAGACUCUCUAAAUGAUGAUUAAAAUAAGGUUGAUAAAGAUUCAGGUAAGAUUUUUAAUUAUUUAGGAGAGUAUUCAUAUUCACAAAUAGACUACUAAGAUCCUCCAUAAUACCCUUUAAGAUAAGCCAGGCCGAAGUUUAAAUAUAUAAUUUGA